AGUGUGUGCGUGUGUGCGUGUGCGAGCGGGCGGCCGUGCCUUUGCAGCCCGGGCAGCCCGCGCCCCCCGCCCCGCGGCCGGCCCGGCCCCGCGCCCCCCGCCCGGCCAUGGAGCGCCGCAGCCGGCUCGCCGCCGCCGCCUGAGCGCCGCCUGAGCGCCGCCGGGCUCCCGGCGUCCCGGGAAGCGGAGGGCAGGCAGCGGGCGGGGGCUGCCGAGCCCCGCCGCCGGAGCCACGGGACCGCCGCGCUGCGAGCGGCGGCAGCAGCAGCCCGCGGAGGGCUCUCCCUCGCUUUUCUUUAUUUGUUUUUCCUCCCCCCCCUCCCCGUUUCUUUUUUCUCUCCUUUUUUUUUAAGUAUAUUUUUCCCCUCCCCUUCUCACUCGCCCGGCUCUGCGGACGUGCUCGCUCCCGGGGGAAAGCACCGGCGCUGCCCCGACGCCCGCAGCGGCCGGAGCGCCCCACGCCCGCGGAGAGGGGCCCCGCGCCCUGCCGACUCCCCGGGCCCCUGCGGAUGUGCGAAGCUCUCCUCCGGCCGCCCGUCCUCCCGCCGGCCUGCCUGCUGGGCGCAGCACCUCUUUGUCCUCCGGCACCUACAUUUUUAAAUUUUUUUUAAAUUUUUUUUUUUUUUUUUAAAGCAGACCUGAACAUCACCGGGGGCGGGGAGGGUGGGGGGCCCCAGCCACGCUGCCAGACCGACCCCUGCCCAUUUCUUCUAAGGAACUCUCAUGGCUUCACAGCUGCAGACAAGUUGCCGUGCAUCUUGGUGGACUAUCGGAGUUUGCAUCCUGGCGGCCGCGCUCCUACCAGGGCUGCAAGCUCAGACUGUCUUAGUCAAUGACACAGUCUCGGGGUUUAUCGGGACAGACGUGGUCCUGCACUGCAGCUUCACCAAUCCACUCCCCAAUGUGAAGAUCACACAGGUCACGUGGCAGAAAGCCACCAACAUCUCCAAGCAGAAUGUGGCCAUCUACAACCCUGCCAUGGGGGUCUCCAUCCUCUCUCCGUACAAAGAGCGGGUGACUUUCCGGAAUCCUUCCUUCAAAGAUGGCACCAUUCAGCUCUCUCGGCUAGAGCUGGAAGAUGAGGGAGUUUACAUCUGUGAGUUUGCUACCUUCCCAACUGGCAACCGGGAAAGUCAACUGAACCUCACUGUGCUGGCCAAGCCCACAAAUCGGAUGGAGGGCACCAAGCGGCCACUUAUCGCUAAGUCUGGCAGGACAGAAAAGAUCUUGGUAGCUACCUGUACCUCCUCUAAUGGAAAGCCCCCCAGCACUGUCACCUGGGACACCAAGCUCAAAGGGGAAGCGGAGUUUCAGGAGAUCCGGAAUAGCAAUGGCACUAUCACAGUGAUCAGCCGGUAUCGGCUGGUGCCGAGCCGGGAGGCCCACCGGCAACAGCUCAUGUGUGUGGUCAAUUACCAGCUGGACCGCUUCACCGACAGCAUGACCCUCAAUGUGCAGUAUGAGCCAGAAGUCACUAUUGAGGGCUUUGAUGGCAACUGGUUUCUCAACCGGAAGGAUGUGAAGCUGAUAUGCAAAUCUGAUGCCAACCCCCCAGCUCACACCUAUGAAUGGAAGCUGCCAAACGGGACUCUGCCAGGGAGUGUGGAAAUCCAGAACAACACCAUCUACUUUAAAGGGCCCGUCUCCUACAGCGUGGCUGGCACCUACAUCUGUGAGGCCUCCAACGCCAUCGGUACACGGUCGGGCUUGGUGGAAGUCAAUGUCACAGAUAAGCCGCUACCUCAGAGUAGCCCAGGAGGCAUUAUUGGGAUCGUGGGAGGAGUCAUCGCAGCAGCUCUCAUCAUCGGCGUGGCUGUCACCGUAAUUAUUGUCUACAGGCGGCAACAGAAGAACCGCGCUGAAGCAGACAACGACCUAAUUGACUUGCCUCCAUCCCACAAACCUGCCCCUCCACCAAAGAGGAAACAGGAGAUGAAAAGCCACCUGACUGCAGAAGACAUCCAGGUUGUUCACUUAGACAACAUGAAGCAUGAGGAGGAAAUCCAGAAACUCCCUUUGCAGACUCCAUACUAUGACAUGGCAGCCACCGAGCCCUCUCCCUACACUGACAAACUGAACUUUGGAAAGUGUCACUCAGAGAUAUCGAAUGCGAGUGAUUACCUGACCCGCUGUUACUCACAUGAAGAUCGAUAUCUGGAGAAGAUCCCUCAUGUCUAUACCCCCUUGUCAGAUCUCCCACAAGAUCUUUAUCCUCAUCAUUCUGACAUCUCCUUCUGCUGCCCACCUCCCGGUUCCCGGGCUCCUUACAUCUGUCCUAAGGAACAGUAUGUUUAAAGUGUCAACACAGCAAAAUGAAGAAGCUAUUGUUUUUCACUUCUCCUGACCCCGUCGCUCAACAACCAAGGCCUUUUAGGUCCCCCCUUUGCCAUCGCUUAUUUUAUUUAUUGAUUUUUAAAUUUUGGUGCAAUCGUAAAUGACAUGAUUAGGUUAAGUAUCUGCCUGGCUUGCUAAUGCUCAAGGGAACACUCUGCCUUUGCCUACGUCUCAGUCAGUACUUGCAUCUUUCUUUACUCAUCCUGGCCCUCCUGUAUCAAGCUGGCUCUGUGUGUGCAUGUCUAUGUGGGUGACAGUUGCCCUGCGUCGGAUGGGAUGUGCCCAACCUGAUUAAAUGUCCAUAGGUUCCCUUGUGUCAAUCUCUACACUGUUUGCACCAGAUGAGCCGGGUGUGGAUUCUUCACAGCCCUUGUUCUAGCUUGUGUGAAGUUUUACAGCACAGCGCUGCUCAAAUCUGAGGCAGUUUUUUUCCUCCUUUGGAGAAAUUUGUUUCCCCUUGGCAGUGGGGAUAGGAAAUCCCUGUUGUGAAGAGCUAAACAGCCAAGAUUGCCGAACCAAGAAAGAUGCUUAUAAUGAAAGAUGCUCCAAACCAACCCAAGAAUGGAGAAAAGGGCUUGCAUUAGGGGUUUUGUUUCUGUCCUUUUUCCCUCCUGCUCCCACUCCCAAUCUCUUGGAUUGACUCUUUUAAAUCCAGACAGCAUGGGGACAUAUUUUGAAGCCACCACAUUUGGAGAAAGCAUCCUUUAAAUAGCCAUCUUAUAACCUGAAACCCAAAGGGGAAAAAAAAAUUAGAAAGGAAAACAUUCUCUCUAAUUUUCCUUUUCAAAGCCUAAUGUGACCCCCCACUAGCUUUCUGCCCCUCUCUUCCUUGCAUCUGUUGAUUGGAAUUUUAAAAUGAACUCAGGCAGAAUAUAAAGAAUAAAUCAUGAUUUCAGGUAAUCUUCUUGCUCUUAAUGAAGGAUAAAAGCCAAUAGAGGAAUCUGGCCUUUUAACUUUUUUAAAAGCAUCUUAGUUUUGGGACUACAAAUGUUUUGAUAUUGGAAUGUGUGUGGGUGUGUAAAUCCAAACGUGUACAUUCCUGUGACCACAAAGUGUUUUAGAGAAGGGAAUUUAUCUCCACAUCGCAUUUGUGUUCACUUGUAUUAGAGGAAAAAUAAAUAUAUCUAUACACUUAAAUGUAUAUAAAAGCAAAGAAGCGGAAGAGGAGAAAAAAGAACGAACAUCCUGCAUAAGAGCUUGGUUUCAAGGAUAACUUUCAUCUGUUUCACCCAGGUAUGGCAUAGAAGAGAUGACGGCUGGGACGGUUCUGAACAAGGGGAUGUGCCUUCUUGGCGAAUGGGCAUUUACUUUCCUUUGUCUUGGGUUGGGUAUUUGGCAUUCUGCAAACAUUGCACACUUCACAGCGCUUUGGAAACCAUGAGGAUGUUUGAGCAAAGUGCAUGUGGGAGGGAGAGAUGGGGACCGCGCCAUUAUCCUGCUGCCCAGACACCAGACAACGUUUCAGUGCUACUUGUACAAAUAAGAAGUGAAACUACCAUCAAGAUGGAAGUCUCCCUGUAAGAACACCAUCUCGGACGCUACCAGCCCAGCUCCUGCCAUGCCACAUGGACCGAGGCGCCAUUUUAUUUUUGUGUGUCUGAAUCUAAACAGCUAUAGUUCAGCACUUUCUGUGUUCCAAUCACCUAGAGCAGCCUCAAGACUCACCCUGCUUGUCCCUCUCCUUCCGCAGAGAAGCACAUCAUCUGUGUUCACACUACCUCGUGGAUUCCCUGCAGGCUAAUAAAUACAUCUGUAUAUGAGAGAAGUUCAUACUUCAGUUAGUUAGGCAAUAUAGCACUGUGCGAGGAUGACGCCACACGCAUGGAUCCCCCUGGGCCCUUGCACGGCACACAACACGCCCUUGGAGAACCAGCUCUUCCCACUCCUCUUCCCCUGCUUCCCCGGUGGCAUGUUGCCACUUUGUGCUUUGUGGAGGCAGCACGGUAGCUGGUCACAAGAACAAGAUUUUAUGUCUGGUGGGAAAUCCCUGCACGCUGUGGGGAGGUGGUUUCCUUCUGGGAGGUGGUUUCUCACUAGAUUGACAGGUGGUUGUAUCAGCUAGGUGACCUGGCUCUGCUUGACUGGGCGAAGUGUGGAUGAAAGGGCGCUUGGCCAAGCUGAAAUGGCCAGCACCUCUCACAGGCAUAGCAGCUUUCUAUGUGCUAGUACAUGGAGCACUCUCAUUCCCGGGGGAUCAGAGAACUAUCCAGACAUAGGCUUAGGCAUUAAGUGCAAGUUUUCCAACGCCAUCCUUUUGUUCUUGACUGAUGGAACCCUUUUUGGAGUCAUUUGGAUUCACAUUUCCUCUGCCAGUCCCCAGAGAAUUCAGCCAGUCAUUUCCUUACGCCGACGGACUCAACUGCCACGUGUCUUGAUUCAGAUAAUGUAUUUCGCUCUCUUGUUUUCUUCUCGACAUACCUUGCGGUACUUUCUGGUUACCACAGAGCUGGAAAUUGGGUGUGCUCUGAACUGAAGCCACAGCCAACACAUUCACCCCAGCAAGGGAACCAUGCUUUGGAGUCUGCCGAAUCUGCUUGCGGUCACUCUGUUUGGAAAGGUGACGAGGUGCUUGAAAACCCAGAGGUCUCUGACAUCCUGGAAUCAACCCAGCACCACCGACUAUGGAGAAAAAGCAAGCCAAAGUCCGCUACACACUUCCCGAUUUGCAUGCUUGUAAUAGCAGGAUGCUGCCUGCACAGCCGCAAUUAAGGUAGAUUGGAUUGGGAGCCUUCGCCUGAUGCAGUUUCAGACAGGUCGGAGAAUUUAAAUGAGAAGUGGAAUAUGGUCAGGUCUUCAGAUACAUAAGGAAACAAGCUAGACAAAAUGGCGGUUUGUAAGAGAAGGCAGAGAACAUGUUGCAGGUGGUUUUCUCUGCUGCCUGUGGCUGGAGGGAUGAUGCUUUGAUGGGGAAGGGGAAGGCAGCGAUACAGACUGCAGCAUUACAUAGAAACUCCAGUUGUCUUGUGCAGCUUUGAAUUUGAGCUGCCCGCAGAAGGCUGCCACAAAGGGUUUUGCUGUGCUUUUCAGCACAGUGAAAGGAUUUCAAUCCUCCUUAGAAAGGCGAAAAGUGAGAAGAGCCUAAAUUCAAAGCAGUAGUUUCACUUAUGCCAGCACAUAUAUUAAGCUUAGGAAUGUCUUGGUUUUCUUUGCCUCUUAACGUUCUCUCUUCUCCUGAAGAACUGGGCUCGUCUCAAAAAAUGGCAAAAGAGAGUUUCCACACACCACCAAAUCCCUUUGUACCCUAGGAAAAGGGGGGAAACCCCUGAAGAAAAACCCUGAAGGAAAGAGGUAGCGAAGCUCGAGUCCAUUGUUUCGGUUUCACAAAGCUGCGUUUAGAAAUGGUUCCGACUCAGGGCUGUUAUUCCUCCCUGCCUGUCCAUACAGCUGCGCAACGUUUGCCUGAUGGGUAUCUCCAAACUUCGCUGCACCUGCCACCACGGGUUUAACCCUGGCUUUGCUCCCCGAUAAGGCUACCCAUGCCUGCAGUGACCUCGCAGGCGCGGAAAUCCUGCUGCAGCAACGCUAAUGAGAGGUGUUGCCUUCCUGCCACGGUGCAGAUCGAUUAUAAAAGAUCCCUUCUCCAGGAAAAGAGCCAUCCGGUAACAUUGUUGGGGGCAGAUUGCUGAACAAGUUGAACAGGAAGCUGGUGGAGCGUGAUCAUGCAUCCAGUGGGCUAGCAGUACAUGGGAGGAACCGGUGUUUUAUUUCUGUGUCUUACUGGUGUGAUACAUGAAACCAUUCUUGCUGUUACUGGGGUGAAAUGUCAUAAUUUCUUUUCCAUAUGUUGGUGGCACUGACACAAGAACUCUUGCAGAUGGAAAAGACUGAUCACAGAACUGAAAUAAAAGUGAACUGAAGAGUUAUAACAACUCUCAU